AUGCUUGCUGCUCAUUGGGCCUCUACUAGCACGAUAGAUGAUCACGUAAGGCUGGGAGCCUCUGUCAACCCAAAACGUGUUUGCAAUCCCUGGAUCCAGCGUUUCUUCAAUGUUGUUCGCGAGCGAGGUCUGGGCAAGACUGCUCUGUCCGAAGUAGAAACACUGACCAACGGUUGGCCGUCUCUGGAUCCCGAUGCUUUUCCCGGUCUUGGACAGGUUCUCGCAGCAGUCGACAGACAAUUAAAGAGCGUCCCAGAUUCCACAAGCGCUACUACCUCCUCAGCCCCCUCCUCCUCGUCGCUAUGCGGCGCUGUGCGCGAGUUAAAGCGUGUGAUGCCGGAGGUCACGCCCAAUGAAAAUACAACCGCUAUUCUCCAACUGAAACGAGGCGGCGAGGACACGGACGAACGCGAAGCUAAUCGGAAGCGGAGGUGCGCCAUAGCGGCUGAUUUGUUUGGCAUAAAUACGGAAGCUGUCGAAAACGACGAGGAUACUGCAUUGGCGGAUGCUGGAGAGGUUGCUGAAAGUCGAGCUAUUGGAUCAGUCGAUCCAGUUAGUGAUUUCAACGAGCUCCUGCGUUUUGGUCUUAUCGCGAAAGCGUGUCGUGAAAUGGAAGCGCAUGUCUGCCGCCUCGUGGAUGACCCACUGACACCAGAACUCCUGCGACCCAAAGCAAUCCACUGCCUGCGCGGAUACCACGAGGCGGCUCUGGCACCAGGUGCGUCUGCCGAUGUGGCCAAUGCCUAUAACGCCUUCUUACUUCACUGGCGAAGCGAUCUCGAGGCGACUCAGGCUGUGACCAACAGGCUUGCCUUUUGGUGUGAAGUCAUUGCUACUGAUGCAUUACUUCGACCAAUCAGCAGUCUAGAUGUGCAUGGCGUAAAAAUGACACCAGAAGAAGCUGCCUCUCUCAUCAGUGAUCCAAUCAGGCAAAUAAAACUUGAGGCGGUGGUAGAGGACUCGAAUUCCGGUCGACUCGAGCCGCCUAUUGAUAACUUGAUACCGAAAGUUUCCAUUCAUUUUCAACCAAAUGGCCUUAAAGUAAUAAGAUUUACUUCUGAAUUUUCUCUUUAUUUCUCAUUAAUAAACGUCUUUUCCCGUUAUAUCUGCUUGCCUAUUACCCGAUCACUAUUGUUGGGGCGAAAGAGUGAGAAAGCACGAGGGAGGGAUCGCAUUUCACAGAUUUUUGCGGAGAGACGUGCUGCUUCUUUCGCUCACACAAACACAUCAAUCGAGUGUGGAGGCGUCGACUUGAUUGGUUGGUCCAAAAGUGUGGGCUCAUGUAAGUGUGGCACAAAGCCUCUUCUCAUCCGCACAAAGGCAGAGUCUUCCAUAAUGGCCAAAAACGCUCGUUCGUCCUCCCAAUAUUUCGACUGCAAUGGGAAACCUUUCAAACCCACGCUGAAGCCUACUCCCAACUUUGAUGUGAACGCUGACGUCGAGGCGCUCUGCAAAUCCAUGCGCUGUUGGGGCACCGAUGAGGAAACAAUCAUCAAAAUUUUGGGGGGAAGGACAAGCGAAGAGCGCCUCCAGAUUGUAGACCUAUACAAGCGAAAGUACGGUCGUGAGCUUGCACAUGAUCUGGACGGUGAUCUGAGCGGCCACUUCAGAGAUUGUGCAAUCCUUCUGACCGAGGACCCCAUUUAUCUGAUGGCGAAGUCGCUUUACUACGCAAUGAAGGGUGUUGGUACGAACGAGAAUACCAUCAUUGAGAUCAUUGUGGGCUGCACAAAUGAAGAAAUAAACAAGCUCAAACAGUCCUACAUAAGCGUUCUGCGUGACAAAGGAAUUAAGGAUCCAAAACGCACCCUGGAGACUGACAUUCGCUCCGAGACAACGGGCUACUUCUGCAAAAUGUUGCUGCAGAUUCUGAAGGGUGAUAAUCCAGACCCAACGCCAGAGCAACUCCAAACCAUUAAGCAAAGAGGUGGCGACAUAAUGGUCAACCAGAAUGAGGUUACAAGGGCCGUCAAACAACUUGUAGAGGCGCUGGAAAAACCAAAGAAUUCAACGAGUGCUCUCCUUUUGAGCGCAUUCCAGCACAAAAAUGUCUGGGAAAUAGCAGCAAUGGAAAAAGAGUACAAAAAGACAAGUGGGAAGAGCCUUAUUCCAGCCAUAUCAGAGGCUGUGUCGGGAGAAUUUGGCGCGUUGCUUAUGGCCAUGGUUGAGCACGCUAUAGACAGACCAAAGUUCUACUCCGAGGCUCUCUACCAUGCCAUGGUGGGUCAAGGAACACACGACUUUCUCCUCAUGAGAAUUGACUUGCUGAACAUCAAGGAGACGUUCGAUAAGGAUCACAAGAGCCUGGUUGAAUGGAUCAAGGGUGAAACCUCGGGCUACUAUGAACAACUACUGCUCGCACUAUUGAAUGCAUCUUGA